AUGGCUGAAGCUUCUCUUCAACUUCACAGGGACCAUGCUCAUGGAGCUGAAGCUGAAGCUCAAGAGCUCAUGCAAAACUAUGACAAAAAUGCUGAUUCAAGCCUCUCCAAGGAGGAGCUAAGUGCAGCCAUCCACCACAACCAAGCUAAGAACCCAGGAUCACACAAUCCGGAAGCCAAGAAGAAGGAUGUUGCACCCAAAGCUCAGAAGGUGCCUGCUAAGGCUGCCGAAGAGAAGGGGGCGAGUAUGAAGCUUAGUAGGAGCCAAAUCAAGGAGAUAUUCAUGGAGCAUGAUAUCGAUGGUGAUGGGUACCUCAGUGUUAGUGAGUUGACAAAGGCUUUUAGUUUCUUUGGUUCUAUCAUUCCACUCUACAAAGCUCAUUAUGGUUUAGCUUAUGCUGAUGCUGAUGGAGAUGGGCUUAUUAGUGAGGAGGAGCUUGAAAAACUUGUUGAUUAUGCUGAGAGAACCAACAAAAAGAAGAGAGGGUUUUAA